AUGGAUUCGGAUUGCUACCAGUGCUCUACGCCGAUCAAGUCAAUUGACUGCUUGCAAUGUAACGGUUUCUGCCACCGAGCAGUUCAUCUUAACUGUGCUGGUAUGAAGAGACCGAACAUGAACUUUGUGAAUGAGCACAAGAAUGUGCUAUGGUUUUGCGAUAACUGCUUUGACGAGCUACAAACCAUCAAAAAGAAUCCUGUGAAAUCAAAGGACGAUGUAACUACUGCGAUUUCGGAUACAAUCAAUGGCCCAAUAGCCGAACUGAAAAGCGAAAUCCAAGAAAUCAAAGAGUUGACCAAGACACUUGCUGGAAGUAAUGUACCAACGGACCCACCUACAUUACCCCGCAGCCGACCCUGGCCUAGUGUGAAACGACUUCGAAGCACUAAUACCAGAGAUACACCGAAAUCUCGUCCUGAAGCAAAGCUUAUUGGAGGUACAAAAACUGUGGAGAAAAAUGGCAAGACUGUUGAGACCGUUGCAAAACCGGCUGAAAAGUUUUGGCUGUACCUAUCCAGGAUUGCUCGCACCGUGACUGAGGAUGACAUCUCGGAAUUAGUCAAGAUUUGCCUGGAUACUGAUGAGCACGUUGAAGUUCGAAAGCUUGUGCGGAAAGACGCUGACCUAAAUCAGUUGGCUUUCAUCUCCUUCAAAGUCGGUGUUAGCAAAGAGUUGAGAGGAGCUGCUUUGGAUCCAUCGGUCUGGCCGAAGGGUAUCUUCUUCCGAGAGUUUGAGAAUCUGUCAACGGCCCGGGAUUUUUGGGGACCCAUGAAGGUUCCUCGUAUGGACAAAACAACACCAGCGAUGGAAACCUUGGUGACUCCAGUACACUAA